AUGUCCGACCCUUGUAUCAGGCGAAAGCCCGUCGCCUCUACCCUGACAGUAGAUUCCCCUACUCCUACUCUCCGUGGCGUCGCCAGUGCGCCCAGGCUUAGACCGAUGCCUUCUGCGGAGACCCUUCCACCCCCAUACUCCCCCCAUUCUCCUUUACUUACGCCUCCGAAUCCCCCCGUACAGCGUGCUGCCACGGAUUAUCGGCCCGCGAGCUCCUCGUCCGCUCAGCCUGAGGGUCCUUCCCCUGUUCAAAAAGCAUAUGGCGAAGCCCGCCACUUCCUCGGCGGCCUCAUCGCCCAUCCAACCGAAUCAAACAGACACUUCACCAUCAUGCGCCACUCGUAUGGGGUUGUCUUCUACCGUGGCAGCACCACUUCUGUGACGAUAUCAAUCUUCUCCGAUAUCCCUCUCCCCCCUGACCGCACUCUGUGGCUCCAAAGUAAAGGUUGGACCGGCAAGACGGGCAUGCGCGCAAAGGCGCUGCUUCAUCUCACCGACGACUGGCUCAAUGUGACUCCCUCUAUAGCCCUCCGCGCGGACCAGGUGGAUCCCGCCGAUGAGCGCGCCUGGCAGCGCGACAUCUCCAAGUUCCGCAAGAAGGCUUCCGGCCGGCUACGCGAUCAUUUGCUUCGCGAGACCAUUGUCGCCCGCAUCCCUGUCGAGGCAGGCGACGGGUAUUUUCAGCUCAUCCUGUGUCAGGGUGAAAAGAAGAAGAAACUCGGCGUGAGUCCUGUAUUCCGGGUGCUCUCUACCUCUUUAAGUCCCAGCUCUGUCCGUGGCGCCAGUUUGAGUACCCUCCCAUUGGAGAUGGGUGCCAUGGUGGUUGGCAUGUAUGCCCAGAAUGCCGUUCAGGCGGUCCUGGCACCUGUCUCCCAGGCUGUCCAGAAUAAAAUUCAGCCAUACCAGCCUGGUUUCGUUCAACAAACUGCCGCUGAAACGGCGUUGUCAAUGAGUGGCGUCGCUGACCGCAUCGGGCUGGGAGACGACGAUGACGAUGAGAACGCGCCUGCUGGACAAUCGCGUUCAUUUCAGGGCCCGCAGUCAUUGGACUAUGGUCCGCAGCCACCCUUCCCGGUGGACUUCAAGGCUCGAACGGCGACUCUUCCGAGCCAAGGGUCUCGGAUGGGCCUGGGAAGAGUGCCUGACACCAUACUGGAACAAUUACAUGGAUUCUUUUUCGGUUGGGCGCGGUUUGAUCUUGUCAGCAACAAACCAGAUGGCUCUGGCACGGUCAAAACGCCCAGUCCGUGGUACCAAGCUAUCCUGUCCGUUCGCAACCUGGACCCCUCGCAACAUGCACGAGUCAAUCUUUCCCAGACCACAAGGAAAAUCACAAUCCUUCGGUUCCUGGAGGACAUCUACCUCCCCCCGGAAACCAAGGUCCAUGUCCGAGUGAUGGGAUAUCUGCGACCUGAUAUUCCUCCCCCGUCCGGCCGGACCGAUAAGGAACUCGCCGCUGCACGCGAGGCUGCGGCUGAAGCAGCGGCCCUCGCCGAUUCCACCGAUGCCACCGCUACGCAGAACAUUCUCGACCAUCCGGCGUGGGGCCCUGAGAUGCCAGCCGGUGAGACAUCGCGGAGUCUCAGCUGGAAGGACCGCACCAAAAACACCGUGGGCAAUGCGCGUGCACGGGGUCAGAAGAUGGUCGAGAAUGUUCCAUUGCAUUGGCUGGGUGUACGCUCUCCCACGGCGGAGAUGCGAGACCGCCAGAUCAGUGUCAAUGGCUUUUACAUCGUGCGGUAG